UCACCAUCACAAACCACUGUCAAAUCUCGCAUCAUGGUUAAUUUAUUUUCUUUCUUAAUUCUAGGCGGGCUUUACAGUAUGCUAUGGAUUCAAAGAAUGCCAAAAAUGUAUUAUGCCUAUGUGUUCUUUUCUAUCUUUUUCUGGAAUCGCGUUUUCACAAACUGUCGUGUAUUAUUUGAAGCAUUACGUUUGAGCUUGAAGAAUGGAUACAUGCGUUUUGUUCUGAUCGUUAUUUCUACUUUACUCUUCUUGGAAGCAUUGUUUCUUUUAUCGUGAAAUUCUUAGCGCUAUAUUUGUGAUUAUAUCAGCAUGGCCAUUGAUAAUGACUUCUAGAAUUCGUAAAGAAAAUAAGGCUUUAAUGUUUGUCUGGUCCGCAUCUUGUCUUUGUACUAGUGUGUUUACUUUAUUACCUGUUGAAAAGGGCGAAAAUAUUUCUGUUGUGAUUGCUGGUGGCGUAAUUGCUGUAUUGAUGGGUAUUUUUGCCUUGUGGAAACUUAAACAAAGUAACAGAAUUAAUAAGAAACUUGGAUUUAUUAUGAUUGUUCAGUUACUAGUUAUUAUUGCUAGUAUUUUGCUUGUAUAUUCUACUUCUAUCAGUCUUCAGAAACGUGAAGGCCUUCCCACUUUUAAUCAAGCUGCAAGUUGGAUAAUUAUUGAGAUUUCAAGUAUUUUCCCUUUUAUUUAUCGUGGAAAAACUUAUGAUGAUUACUUGGCUAGAUUACUUAUUAUUUGCUUUGCAUUUACUCCCUUAAUGGUCUUGCUUAGUAUUUCUUAUGAAUUACUAUUUUAUGUAUGUUUCUGUACUACAUUACUUAUUUGGCUUGAAGUAGAAAGAACAUUAUAUAAGGAAACCCGCCAUUCAGCUCAUCGUCCACUUCAAGCUAGCGAUAUUCGUGCAGUUCUUCUCUUUUUAUUCUUUAUCAACGUUGCCUUCUUCGGUACUGGUAAUAUAGCCUCAAUGAGUAGCUUUUCAUUGGAAAGUGUAUAUCGAUUUACGACCCUAUUUGAUCCCUUCUUAAUGGGUGCUUUGUUAAUGAUUAAGGUCCUAAUUCCCUUCUUUGUGGCCUCUGCCGUAUUAGGUAUCCUUAGCUCUAGUAUAGAUCUUCAACCUUUUACGUUAUUCCUGUCAGUGAUGAGUAUUACAGAUAUUCAAACAGUUAACUUUUUCUAUUUUGUAACUGAUUAUGGAAGCUGGCUUGAAAUAGGAACUUCAAUUAGUCACUUUUGUAUUUCUGAGCUAUUCAUUAUCUUUACGAUGAUCUUGUUUCUUUUGUCCAGACUUUUAGUAGGACACCUUGUAUUGCCUAAAGUGAACAAGAUAGUAAGCAGAAUGAGACCUAAAAACGUAUAAUAACACAAUUAAAGAAGAAGAAGAAAGAGAGACAUAUAAAAUAGAAUAGCAAUAAAGUUAUUUUAUUCUAAUCAUGUAUUCAAUAAUUAUGUUGUGUUGUUAUUAUUAUUUCUAAUCUCCCUUUAUUUUAAUAAGCUGAAAAAAUGGACAUUCAUUGCAAAAAAUAGACCAUGAAAAAUUAUUAAGACUUUAU